AUGAAGAAGACUCAUACGUCCCAGAUAGAGGUGAUCCCCUGCAAGAUCUGCGGUGACAAAUCCUCGGGGAUCCACUACGGGGUCAUCACCUGUGAAGGCUGCAAGGGUUUCUUCCGGCGCAGCCAGCAAGGGAACGUGACCUACUCCUGCACCCGGCAGCAGAACUGCCAGAUCGACCGCACCAGCCGCAACCGGUGCCAGCACUGCCGCCUGCAGAAAUGCCUCAGCCUGGGCAUGUCCCGGGACGCCGUCAAAUUUGGCCGCAUGUCCAAGAAGCAGCGGGACAGCCUCCACGCCGAGGUCCAGAAGCAGCUGCAGCAGCAGGCCCAGGGGGGCGAGGUGGGGGCUUCGGCCUACUCCCUGGGCGUCGCCAACGGGCAGCUGAAGCUGGCCCCCUCCCCUGACCUGCGGGAGGCCUCGUCCUGCUCCGCUGGCUUGCUGAACGGGCAGGCCCGCCUCAGCCAGUCCCCGGAGGAGACGAUGGCGCUGACCUACGCCAACGGGAUCUCCAAGGGCCAUGGCCUCCUGAGCGAGGACCUGCGGGCGCCCUUCGCCAAGCCGUACGGCGCCGAGCGCAUCAAGGUGGAGAGCCGGGGGAGUGACUACUACGGCCUGGGGAUGCAGGCGUCGACGGAGCUCUCGCGGACGGAGGUCAACGGGGCAAAGCGGCCGGCGGGGGGCGAAGCCGGGAGCGAGAGCCUUGACUUCUACACGACCCCCAGCUUCACCAGCCUCCUGGAGUCUCCCAACUCGUCCCUGACUGAAAUUGAGCAUCUCACCCAGAAUGUCCUCAAGUCCUACCGGGAGACCUGCCAGUUGCGUUUGGAGGACCUCCACCUGCGGCGCUGGGAAAUGUUCACGCGGGAAGAAGUCGGGAGCUACCAGAAAAAGUCUAUGGAGGAGAUGUGGGAGCGCUGCGCCUGCCGCAUCACCGAGGCCAUCCAGUACGUGGUGGAGUUCGCGAAGCGGAUGGGCAGCUUCAUGGACCUGUGCCAAAACGAUCAAAUCAUCCUUCUCAAAGCGGGUGCCAUGGAAGUGGUUUUGGUGAGAAUGUGCCGUGCCUUCAAUUCUGAGAACCGGACAGUCUUCUUCGAAGGCAAAUUCGCGGGCCCGGAGCUCUUCAAAUCCCUUGGAUGCAAUGAAUUGAUCAACUCCAUUUUCGACUUUGCCGGCAGUCUUUGUUCUCUGCACUUCUCCGAGAACGAAAUCGCCCUUUUCACGGCGCUGGUGCUCAUUAACUCAAAUCGUCCCUGGUUGCAGGAGAAGAGCAAAGUGGAGAGGCUACAAAACAACCUUGAACUGGCCUUUAAGCACAUGUUGCGGAAGAACCACCGGGAAAGCAUCUUGGCCAAGCUGCCGCCGAAAGCCAAGCUCCGGAACCUCUGCUACCAGCACGUGGAGAAGCUGCGCUCUUUCCGCCAGAUGUACCCGGUCAUCGUCCACGCCGUCUUCCCCCCGCUCUACAAAGAGCUGUUCGGCUCAGACUGCGACCCGCCUCAAGGGACGGCAGGGGAGUAACC